AGGAAAGACGCCCCCACAGGAGAAGAUAUGAAGAAUGAACUAUUGCGGAGGGAGUACCUAAGCGCGAACGUCAAGAAGUUAGAGCUCGAAUUCCGGGAGGAGCAGGUGCGCUUGAUCGGCGAGGCUGCUGUGGCGGACCGAGAAUUGGAAGAGGCCAAACGCAAACACAACAACUUCACGGAUCACGCUUCCUCCUGGGACAACGCACGCAAGUCAUUCGUAUCUGAGAGUCGCAGGGGCGAUAACUAUUCGCCUCAAGGCUGGCUGCCGGCGGGUGAUGCGGAAAGCACAGCGGGUACAAACAAGGCCAAAAGUAACACCAACCAGCAAAGUACGAAGAAGGACGACUGGACACCCGGGGAAUGGGUCCCAUAGAUAUCUCAGGUCAUUUUUUUAAUUUCAAUUCAAGUCCAGCGCCUUAUUAGGACUGAUAGGAGAUUAUAUGAUAAAAAUUUAGUUAAUUAGAGACGGGGGGUUGUGGUAUACACCUGUAGUGGUGAGAGGUUAGGCCUGGGAAUUGGAACUCAUCAGACCCGAGCUCAGCGAUGAUUAAUGUGAGAUUUUAAGCAAGUAAUUAAGAUAUAUUUUUCACAGAUACUCUAGGGUAGUUGUAUAUGCGAUAUACGAAAUUCUCAACGAUAGUUGGUGAGAUUUUAACCAAGUAAUUAAGAUGUAUUUUUCUCAGAUACUGG